AUGUUUUCAAUUAACCCUGACCUGAUCGAGUAUCUUAAUACUAGUGAUAAAGAAUUUCAGGAAACUAAAGCCAAUAGGAGAAGCCGUAAACGUUUAAAUCUUGAAGACCUUUCUGACGCUGAGCGCAAGAAAGAAUUCCGUUUUACUCUUCCAGAGUCGACAAAUCUGAAACUUCCAUUGGGUGGUGGUUAG